UCUACACUUUAAGCUCAUACAGUGCACAUUAAAAUAGGGCUUUUUUUUGACAAGAAAAAUAAACAAACUCAUUUUUUAAAUAUUUUUGGAAUUUGGUUAUUGUAAAUUUACAGAAAAUAUAUUUACAUACAAAUUCUAUACUUGUGCUAAUACUAACAAACUUGAAAAUUAUUAACGCAGUUGACAUGUCGAAUUCCAAGAAAGCAGUUAACGUGAUAUCGACCCAUAAAAGUCGAAGACUUUGGUCACGUCAGUCCAUGUUGGUAUGGAUCAAUCAAUGCUUAAAGAGCAACCUUUCAAAGAUCGAUCAUCUUGGCACCGGCGCUGCCUAUUGUUCCCUUAUGGAUAUAUUAUUUCCCGAUUCUGUCAAUAUGCGACGAGUAAAGUUUGCGAGUUUGCUCGAGAACGAUUUCAAAAACAAUUUUGCAUUAUUGCAACAAGCCUUCAAGAAGCACGGCGUAGAAAAGAUAAUACCGGUUAAUGAACUGGUCAAGGGUAAAUUCCAAGACAACUAUGAUUUUGUAAUCUGGUUUCGUCUGUUCUAUAAUGCCAACUUUAAAAAAGUUGCCGAAGGCUAUGAUGUGGAGAAGCGUCGUUGCGGCCAGUCCUUCAUAGUGGGAGCAGUUCCCAAAUGGUAUCAUCGUAGCCACACCACGUUGACGCUGAUUAAUGAGGAUUCUAAGCCCAAAGGGGCCGGCGAUUUUGUGUCUCCCAGGCAACUAGUCCGUAACGCAUGUAACAGAGGUGUAACUUCGCAAGAAUAAAUUCUAAUACAAUUGGCUAAGCUCCAAGAACUAAAUUAAAAUGAAAGUAA